CUCAUCUCCAUUUAUUUUAGCAAAAAACAACACUCUCACAGUUUUCACCUCUCAAACUUACAAAAACUGUGACGACUUUAAGUCUUUGGCGCGCUCAAUACAUUUCCCCCUCUCUCUUUCGAUACUUCCUCCUCUCCAUGGCUGAGAUUAUGAAUUUUGCUCAUCAUCUGUGGUAAAAAGCGUAAAGAUUGCUGGUAAGAGGAGAAGUCAAGUUGACAAUAAUUCAAGUUUGAAAAUGAUGAAUCCCAGUACUGGAAAGAAGGAAGGAGGAGGAUACCCGGACCUUUUAAAGUUGGUAUUUUCGUGGUCUAUCAAAGAUGUUCAUAACGAUAAACUCUACUCGGGUAAGGUAAAACAGAUACCGGACACAUUUUCAUCAACUGCUAAUUACUGCAACUCAUUCAAGUGGCCUCUUAUAGAGGAGACUCGCGCUGAAUAUUACUCCGGCUUGGAAUCUAUCAGCCAUGCCCCUGCAUGUGAGAUAUCUGGUAUUUGGUAUUCUGACAAUUAUAAGCCUCCUAAAGACUUAUACUAUGACAUCUUGACCAAAAAGAUUAGUGAUUUUGAUAAUCAAGACGUACAUUAUGAGCCGGAGUCUGGUGACCUUUUUGCUAUCACUAAUCGGAGGCCUAGAAAUGUAGGAGAUUUACUCAAACCAGAUAACUCUUUUCAUUUUGCAUUUGUCACAAGAUCGAAUGAAGUGGAGAAAACAUUUGAGAUAUUAUCGUCUGAGAAGAUUGAUCGCAAGUCACUUACCAAGAGCAAUGGGAGACUUUAUGUUACCUACUUGAUGAAUAUCACCACCAACCUGAGAAUAUGGAAGGCACUUAAUACUGAUCCUCAAAGUAAAAGGUUGGGUCUAAUUCAGAAGGUGCUACAACAUAACUCUUCGGUGGAUGAUAAUUGUCCCCUUUGCAACCCGGAAAGAAUCUUGAAUGAUAAGGGAUCAAAAAUUUCAAAUUUUAUAAACUCAUUUGGACUAAACAAGUCUCAGAUAGGAGCUGUUUUGAGCAGUAUUAGUUUGGCAGAAUGCUCACACCAGGAUUACAAUGUGAAGCUGAUUUGGGGUCCACCAGGGACAGGGAAGACGAAGACAGUUGCUUCAUUGCUUUAUCUACUAGUUAAGCUGAAGUUCUGCACCACUCUAACUUGUGCUCCCACCAACAUAGCUGUGAUCCAGGUUGCGAAAAAGCUUGUAACUCUAUUCCUAGAGUCCGAAGAAUAUGACACCUAUGGGUUAGGAGACAUAGUCUUGUUUGGAAACGAAGAGAGGAUGAAGAUAAAUGAUCAUGAUGAGCUUGUUGACAUAUUUCUUAAGUAUCGUGUGAAAUUAAUUGAUGAAUGUCUCUCACCGUUUACAGGGUGGAAGAAAAGUUUAGAGACGAUGAUACCUUUUCUCGAAGACCCCAAAGCACGGUAUGAUGUUUACUCAGUACAGAACAGAAAGUCUGACAUUGAUGAGAAGGUACAAGAAAGAAAGAACAAUACAAAGGUAUGGAGGAAAGUCAUUAAUCAGACAGUGAAGGAAAAUGAGGACAAGGAUAAGAAAGGAUUAAGAAACGGCACAAGUGAUGAAAAUCAAGAAACAAAGAUCGAAGAAGAAUACAUGACAUAUGAGGAAUUUAUGAGGAAGACGUUCUUCACUUUAGCUAAUCGUUUAGUGUUUUGUUCAGAGACUCUGUAUACUCAUCUACCAACAUCACACUUACCACUAAGUGUGGCUAAGCAUAUGAUUAGGCUUGUUUAUCUGCUUAGAAUGACACUCGAAAGUUCAGAAAACAAUGUUAGGCAAUUCUCUGAAGUGAUUAUGAUGGCGAAGGGAGAAAUCUUAGCUAUUUUGAAGUUUCUUUAUGACCGAUUCCCUAAGCCAAGGAUUAGUGGAAGCAUAAAAGUUUUCUGCUUGGAGAAUGCGCGUUUGAUGUUUUGCACUGCUUCAGGCUCCAUCAAUGUGAAAUCACCUGUUGAUAUGGUGAUCAUAGAUGAAGCUGCACAGCUUAAAGAAUGCGAGUCAGCUAUUCCGUUACAGAUUCAAGGUCUGAGGAAUGCUGUUCUCGUAGGUGAUGACCGACAACUUCCAGCCAUGAUUCAGAGCCAGAUUUUGGAAAAGAAGAACUUUGGAAGGAGUUUGUUCCAACGGCUAGCAAGGUUAGGGAAGAAGAGGCAGCUUCUCAACAUUCAGUAUAGGAUGCAUCCUUCCAUAAGCUUAUUUCCGAAUAAACAGUUCUAUGACAGCAAGAUUGUUGAUGCACCAAACGUCAGAGAAAAAAGCUAUGUUAAGAGUUUUCUUAAGGGGGCCAUGUAUGGAUCCUAUUCCUUCAUUAAUGUACCUGAUGGAAGGGAGAACUUCAAGAAAGGACAUAGCCCGAGAAAUUUUGAAGAGGCAGCUGUUGUUGAUCGGAUUAUUGAUAAGCUCUUUAAAGGCUAUUAUCGUGUCACGAAACAGAAGGUGAGUGUAGGAGUAAUUUCACCUUACAAGGGUCAAGUAGGUUUGCUGCAAGAAAAAUUAGACAAGAAAUAUACCAAACAUAAGGAUAAAUUCUGCAUCAACAUUCGCUCUGUUGAUGGAUUCCAAGGUGGCGAGGAAGACAUCAUAAUAAUCUCAACUGUUCGGAGCAAUGUAAAUGGAUCAGUUGGAUUCCUUUCAAAUUGUCAGAGAACAAAUGUAGCUCUUACCAGGGCUAGGUUCUGUCUAUGGAUAGUUGGCAGCGGGAGUACAUUAGGCAACAGUGGAUCGGUGUGGAAGAACCUUGUAGACGAUGCAAAAACUCGAGGGUGUUUCUAUGAUGCAUAUGAUGACGUAGAACUUUACCAACCUACACUAGCUGGCAGUAGUAAACGCGACUUUUUUGGGUACCUGAAUCUUGAUAAAGCGAGAUGGAAGGUUAGCUUUAGCAACGAGUUUAAAAUAUCGAUAUCAAACAUGAGUGUUAAGGGUCAGAUUCGAGCAAAACAACUGCUGCACAAGAUUGUUGAUGGUUGGAGACAUUCCAACUCUGAGAAACCGGCUAAUGUUGUUGCCAUUGAUGAUCCCCUAGCUUUUGCAUUGUUAGAGCUAUACAAGGUUGACGAGAACAUAAAUCUUGCUUGGGCAGUGGAGAUUCUUGAAGAAGAAUCAAGUUACACACAGGUUAUCAAGGUUUGGGAUAUACUACCAGCUUCGAGGAUUCGAUAUCUUGCUAAGAAUGUUAGUACUUUGUUUCGGAAUUAUACUGGAGAAGUAAUGCACCGUUGCCAGUACAGAUCUAUUGAAGGGAACUUGGUUGUACCAAUGUCAUGGCCACUUAACCCUAAUUAUAGCGCUCCUACGGCUAAUCCUCCAAGUUGUUUGUCGAACCAGCUAGCUGCUAUGAAUUUAGGUGUCAAUCGAGGAGAACCGAGUUCAAGAGCUAGCUUUUGCAGAAACAAUGUUGUUUCGGUAUGGAAACCGGUACAAAGGUAAUCAAAGUAAGGGACGAGUUGAGUGGUUUGGACGGGGUGCUGGAUUGGUGACCUGCAGGGAGAUCUGUUAAAAACUGAACUCGGCGGGGAAGUCAAGGAUUCUACUCUAAAUGCUUAACUCAACAUACAACUUUUAUGGUUUGUGCUUGAUGGCUUUGUAACCGACUUCAAAAUGAGUCACUUAGGCCUGCAUGAAUAAACAUAGAACUUUUAUGGUUUGUACUUGAUGGCUUUGUAACCGACUUCAAAAUGAGUCACGUAGCCUACGUAAUAUAACAGUUUUAAGAAUUGUACAAAUAUAUUUACGAGAGUUCAUAUCUCUCACUUAUCUCUUUGGUUGAA